AUGCUAGAUUGGCUAGAAGAGUCGAAUGAUCCAGCAAAAUUUUCAAAAAGACUAACUAGUCAGACUUACACUACACUACAUCAUACAGUAUAUGGAUUAUUGGAAUUACCUUAUAAAUUGAGUAUGGACUCUAAUCAUGGGCCCUCAAAGAGAGUAAAAUAUGGAGAUGCUGAUUUUGAAGCUACUUUACUGAAAUGGGCAGAGUAAGUCGAUUCUGGUGGAAGCGAUAUCGAAUCAGAUGGCGACUAUAUACUAUCGGAUCAUGACACUGAGUCGGAGGUUGAAUUCGACGAAGAGGACAACGAAAAUCUAGGUGAAAUCAGUCAUACCGAGAUAAUCCAGAAAUAAACCGCUAUCAUUUUGGAAAACAGUUAGCAAUGCUUUUGGUCACUCCACAUAUGCAACGCCGAUAUCAAAAUGUGCGUAUUGGUCGUGAAAUGAAAAUAUCGAUAAGACGCAUACUACAAUUGGAACAAGAAGA